UAUCACGUGCAUAAACAAAAGAAGGAUCGGAAGGAGGAAGUCUAUCACGAUCCUGCCUUAAGUAAACAUUUUGAAAAAUGGAAGCGCUAAUGAAAAGGUCGAUAGUAGCAAUAUUAUUAUUUUUUAUGAAUUGCAAUAUUCCUUCGCUCUGUUCCGAUGAGGAUAUUUCUGAAGUUCAACCUGAACAAAUUCAUCUGUCUUUUACUGGUAAUCCAACAGAAUUGAUGGUCACUUGGAGUACCGAGAACACCACAUUAGCAGUGGUUGAAUACGGCCAAGAUAGGAAGCUUACAUUGACUGCUAAAGGAUCAACCACCAAGUUUAUAAAUGGUGGUAUACAAAAGAGUACGCAGUAUAUUCACCGAGUCAAGUUGACUGGCCUUGAACCAGAUAAAACAUAUUUUUAUCAUUGUGGAAGUCCAGAUGGAUGGAGUGAAAUGUUUUGGUUUCAAAGUCAACCCACCGGUAACAAGUGGAGUCCAAAGUUCGCAGUUUACGGAGAUCUAGGAAAUGUAAAUUCUCGAUCAAUGGGAAGGUUGCAGCACGAGACACAAAGCGGGUACUAUGAUGCAGUCCUCCAUGUGGGAGAUUUUGCAUAUGAUUUGGAUUCCCGGAAUGGUAAAGUGGGGGACGAAUUCAUGCGGCAAAUCGAGCCAAUUGCUGCGUAUAUACCUUACAUGACGUGUGUCGGGAAUCAUGAAGAAAGAUAUAAUUUUUCUAAUUACAAGAAUCGAUUCACCAUGCCAAAUUAUGAGAAGACAGAGAAUCUAUGGUAUAGUUGGAACAUUGGUCCGGCUCAUAUUAUUGCUUUUUCCACUGAAGUAAUAUUCUUCCAAGAUUAUGGUAAAUUCCUUAUUGAUGAACAGAUGAAAUGGCUAGAACAAGACCUUCAGGAAGCAAAUAAAAAUAGAAAGGAACAGCCUUGGAUCAUUACAAUAGGGCAUCGUCCAAUGUAUUGCUCAAAUAUCAACCUAUCUGCAGAUUGCCGCAAAAGGGAAAGUCUGAUAAAGGCAGCAUUUGAAGAUUUGUUUUACAAAUACGGAGUUGAUCUUGAGAUUUAUGGACAUGAGCAUGCCUAUGAAAGACUUUUCCCAGUUUACAAUAGAACGGUUUAUAAUGGCAGUACUGAUAAUCCAUACACUGAUCCCAAGGCGCCUGUUCACAUUAUAACUGGUUCCCCUGGAAACAAGGAAUUGAUAACGCCGCUCUCUGUGAAAAAGAUGGAAUGGGAUGCAUUCCGGUCAAUGGAUUAUGGAUACAGCAGAAUGCACGUACUCAACGAAACACACCUGUAUUUUGAACAGGUAUCAGACAACCAGGAUGGUAAAGUCAUCGACAAGGUGAUGAUAAUCAAGAAUGCACAUGGGCCUUAUAAUUAGGUUUAUGCUCUCUUCACACUAAAAUGUUACCAGGCUUCCUGUGUCUAGAUUAUCAUGUUAUACAUUUCACUGUACACUUACAUUGCAUUUUCAAAUAUUUCAAAAUGUAAAGUUCUAUUUUUCUAAACCAGUCAAUUCAAUUAGGAAAUAGUAUUUUAUCAGUAGAUAUAUUUUUUUAAUUAGUUUAAAUAGUAAUAAAUUUCCAUAUAAUAUAGUUGAGUGUAUCAUUGCAAUGAUAUUAUUAGGAUUUAUUACUGGAAGAGGGGGACGCUUGAGUGGAAGUCUCUUAUACCCCUUUUACACUGCUAAAGUGAGAAUAAGCACGUGUUAAUUUCAAAAUGAUACCAGAUGCAUUUCCAUUUACAUCGAACGGAAAAGUCCGGUUUGAUUCCGAGUUGCUCCCAUUUUACACUGGCAUCGAAUGCGGGUUCAAAAAUCAUCAAAUACUAAUAGUAUCAAAUACUGACCAUGGCUGCGGUAGGUGCCAUAUAAUGUCUGACUCCAGAAUCAAAUUGUUGUUUACACUGGCGACGCCAGGAUGUACCCGGGUUGUCCAAUGCUGAAUGCGUCCCACACAUCGAACCUGGGAUGUUUCGCAACCCGGGUGGUAUUUUUUUGCCACAACUCAGGAGUUUCUAGUUUGCAGUAUAAAAGGGGUAUAACUUGUGUGAAAGCAUAAAGUACCGUAAAACCUUGUAUUGAGGCUCUGGGCUGCUUCUUUUUUUUUUUGUGAAAUAUGGAUGGGCUCUUUUCGAGGCUAAUUUUGCAAACUAAAGAGAGGGGAGGGGGCUUCAAUUCAAGAUGGUCUUCUCGAGAUAUGGCCCAUUGGGCUUCAAUUCAAGGUUUUACGGUAAUGUAUUUGAAAUGUGCAUACAAUUCAUGUGAAUUUUUAUUUUAUAUUCUCUUAAGUAAUACAGUAUAAACGUGUCUGACAAUUUGUCUAAAAUCAUUUGUCUUAGGUUUCUGUUAACAUAGUGGAUACAUAGGUAAAACAAAAAUGAUGAUGCACACGAGGUGGUUAGUUUCACACAAGGUGCACAGUGAUGGACAGUUCUAUUGUUUUCAAGGGGUGUUCUAUUUAAAAGAACAAUAGCAAUAUUUAUGUUUAAUACAGGUGCAGAAUUAGUGUAUUCAUUAAAUUUACAUUAAAAACAUUAUGAGUGACUAGUUUGAA